AUGCAUGCUGGCAAGAUGAUGCAAGGGAACUGGAAUGUAAAGGCAUCCACGAAAUUGGUGGCACAGCUGGGGCGGCAGCGCCAAUGGCAGGAAGCUGCGGACGUCCUCCAAGAUACGUGCCGGGUUCGCGUGGCUGUUGACCACAUCUUACUCUCCACCGCAGUUACAGCUUGUGGCAUUCCAACUGGUUGGGAAUGCGUGCUCGCAUUGAUGCAGCAGGCGGAGGAUGCCUCAUGUUUGACCACGUCUCUUUUCCAUUCUGGGAUGGAGAGCCUGGUGAAGGCUGGCUGUUGGAAGUGCGCCAUGCUAUUGUUCCAGCAGAUGAGCCAUGCUGAUAUUCGGAAGUCGGUCCUCAGCUACAGUUCGGCCAUCAAAGCUGUUGCCGCAGGCCAGCAAUGGCCUGCUGCCUCGGCACUACUCCAGGACCUCCGAGACAGCAGCCUCAGGUGUGACACAAUCCUCUGUGGCUCUGUGAUGACCGCAUGUGCUCGCGCUGGCUGCUGGGAGGUGGCAUUGCGACUCCACGAGGACAUGAGCACUCUGUUCGUGCCAACGGAUGCUUUGGUGGUUGAUGCCUUGAUUCGCUCGUGUGAACCAGGUGGCAAGUGGGCAGUGGCCAUGCACCUGCUCAAGACCCUCCCUGACCUGGGCAUUCUCCCGGAUCUUCGCCUCUACAACACGGUGCUGGGCGUGUGCUCCGCUGCCGGCCAGUGGCAGCGGGGCGCCGACCUGCUCCAGCGCGCUCGCGCCGCGGCGCUGCAGCCGGACGCCUUCAGCUUCAGCGUCUGCGUCACGGCCUGCGAGCGCACCACGCGCUGGGAGGGAGCCUUGGCGUGUCUGCAAGAGAUGCGACGGCAGCGGGUGGAGCCCAACGAAGUCACCUUCAACGCCGCCAUCCGGGCCUGCGAGGCUUUCCCGGACGUGGCCCUGGGCGUUCUGGAGGAGAUGGGAGCUGCGAGCAUCCCCAAGAGCAUCAUCACCGUGAACGCGGCCCUGCACGCUCUGGCGGGCGCAAGGCUACUUGGACGCUGGGCCGAGGCUUUGUGGCUGCUCUCCGAGGUCGAGAAGAAGGGCUUGCGGAUGGACUCCAUCACCUUGGCGGCGGCUUUGGGGGCUUUGGAGUGUCGUUGGGAGAUGGCCUUAGCUCUUUUGGCCCAGUGCCUGCAGCGAAGCUGGACGCCCCACGGCCUGCAUGUCGGCUGCGUGCUGAAGGCCAUGUCCGAAGAGAGCUCCUGGGAACGUUCCCUGCAUGUGCUGCGGGACUUUUACCAGAUCUGGGGCCAGGACCAGGAGGGAUCCACGAGCAUGCCGGACCCGGACUACAAGACCAGGCACGAGUUCACGGGAAGCGGCCUCGAGCCGAGGGAGCUGGAAGCUCUCCUACCAACUUUGCCGCUGCUCUGUGAUGGGGAGGGUGAGGGCUUGGUGGCCGUGGCGAAGCCGGCGGGCAUCUCCUCAGAGAAGGCCUUGGAGGUGAUGGCCGCGUCCUUGUCGAAACCGCUCUUCGCGGUGUCUCGCCUGGAUCUCCCCACCUCGGGUGUUUUGCCCGCGGCGUUAGGCACCGAGCAGAGCCCGGAAGCCCGUUGGUACCUGGCCCAGUUCGCGGCCCAUUCCUUGGUGGAGAAGACCUACCUCUGCCUCUGCCAGGGCGCAGAAGGAGAAGGAGAGGGCAUUUUCGGCGAGGUGGGCUCCGACGGCUGCGUGGAGCUGCCGCUGAAGGUCGUCGCCACGAGCCGGAGCACCAGCCGGGCCGUUCCAUCGCCGGAAGGCAAGAGGGCCCGGACAGACUUCGAGAUCCUGGCGGUCUUCGCCGAC